GCUACUUAUGACACCUGCACGGACUACGGGCUUAAAUGGUACCUGAACCUGUGUAGUUCACCUGUCACCGCUCGGAAUAAAUCUGAUUUUAUUAGUCGCUGUUCUUGAUGGAGCUGAGAAAAACCGGUGCUGCCUCACACCCAGACUGUUGGUCAGUCUGGGUCAGUGACUGUAGCUUGUCUUCUUUGCUAUCUCUAGGACAUUCUUCAUGUGUAAAAUUCUUUCAUGCCACACUGCUAAUUAUGAACUUAUAAGUGGGCUUUAUUUGAGCAGAGUCUCAGUUGGAUACGUGUAUUUAUUCCUGGAAGAUACAAGUUUAUCCUAAUCUGUCUCCAAGGUUAUGGUUAGAAGAGGGUGUGAUAUGAAGGUGGCAGAGUCAACACUGCCCACUCAUUGGAUAGUGGACUUUUGGAUUGUGUGUGUGUGUGUGUGUGUGUGUGUGUGUGUGUGUGUGUGUGUGUGUGUGUGUGUGUGUGUGUGUGUGUGUGUGUGUUCUGAUCACCUGGAAAUCAUCAGCUGGAGGUUGUGUGUACUCCCACAGUUUACAGGGGAGCAGCCGAUCUACACCACCAGGGCUCAUGUCUUCCAAAUCGACCCGAGCACCAAGAAGAACUGGGUUCCUGCCAGCAAGCAGGCUGUCACAGUCUCCUAUUUUUAUGACAGCACACGCAACAGCUACCGCAUCAUUAGCGUGGACGGAUCCAAGGUCAUCAUCAACAGCACCAUUACACCCAACAUGACAUUUACCAAGACGUCGCAGAAGUUUGGCCAGUGGGCUGACAGCAGGGCCAACACUGUGUUUGGACUGGGCUUUGCUUCAGAGCAGCAACUGAGUAAGUUUGCUGAGAAGUUUCAGGAAGUGAAAGAAUCCGCUAAGAUGGCGAGGGACAAAUCUCAGGAGAAGGCAGAAACCUUGAGUAAUCACUCACAGGAAUCUGGACGCGAGACGCCCUCGACCAACCAGGCGGCAAACAUCAACGGGACAGAUGAUGAGAAAAUCUCUCAUGUCGGGCCGGAGGCGGCUCUGCUGAAAAGCGAGAACGAACGCCUCAAAAGCGCAGUGGAACAGAGCAACAGCAAUGCCAAGAAGUGGGAAACGGAGCUACAGACCUUAAGAGAAAACAAUGCCCGGCUGGUGGAUGCGCUGCAGGAGUCAUCCGCCAACGUCGAGAGCUGGAAGAAACAGCUCAGUACCUGCAAGGAAGAGAGUGACAAGCUCAGAGAGAAGAUUGCAGAACUAGAAGCCCAGUGUAAUGAAGCCAAUCAGGAGAAGCAGAGAAACGCCCAGCUGACUCUACGAGUGCAGGAGCUGGAGACCGAGCUACAGGAUAAGGAGCAGGAGCUGGAAAACCUGAGAAAGCAGGCAGAGAUAAUCCCUCAUCUCAUGGCACAGUGCGAAGACAUCACCACAAAAUUGCAGGCGGCGGAGAUGAAAAACAAGGAGCUGGAGGGAAGGAUAGAGGGUCUUCAGGUGGAAAUAAAUGACAGUCGACAAAAGCAGGGCAGCAUGAAGGGAGAGCUGAAGAAGUUCAUGGAUAUUCUGGAUGGAAAGAUAGACGAGCUGCAUGAGUUCAGACAGGGGCUUUCCAAGCUAGGGGUGGACAACUGAGAAAAGUGGCACUAAGCUAAAAGGGUCAGAGGUCAGGUACAAACGAUUCACUACAGUUUGUCUUCAGAGCAGAAACUAUGUGGCACCUACUCCCCCAAGGUGAUGUCCACUCAGAAACUAUCAGCUUCUAAUAAACACUGUUAUGUGAAAAAGAUGUUUUUGGAGAGAGAGAGAGAGAGAGACCGAGAGACACUGGCAGACUAACGGAAAGGAAGCCCCGUGUGCUGCAUCGAAUGGCUUCAUUUUGUGUGCUGCUAAGCUAAAUCAAAAGUCACAGUUUAUUUAUCUGUUUCUGUGGGGGGUGAGGCUUUAAAAAAAGCUGGUGGUGGGUUUAUAGAUUCUAUUUUCUGAAGGCUGCUGCACACAAGCAGUAGAAGAGUAGACAAGGGGACUAAAAAGGGCUAAAUAAAAUAGGAAGAGACGAUGCUGUUCAGCAUCACUCAAGUAAUAAUUGGUGUUAUUCCUUGUUGCCCCCUCCAGAGAAUUAGUUGAAAUUCAUCUACAAAAUGUCCUCGCUGUUGCUUCUUGUCUAUCUCAGGUGUGUUGGAAGAUCGUUUGUAUUGAUGCGAUCUUAUGCACGUGUGCACCGGCCAUGACACAAAGUGCCUCCGGGAGAACUGGCCAAGAGACCACCACCUUGACAAGUAAAUCAAAAGCGAGUGCAAGCAGACGAGCCCAUCCUAAGCAUGAUGGACAUCACCGUGGUGCCAAACUCAAACAACACAACAGGUGUGCACCAAAGCAACUCUGAUAAGGGACUACAGCAGGAAUUCACCAACUCCUCUGGGUUGUUUUCAAGCACCAGGCAUUUUGAUUAUAUUACUAUAAAGAAGGGAAACUCUCCCGCCUCAGGCCUUUUCCUUUAGAACCAUCCAAAACUAAUAAUAGGAUCUCCAUCUUGCCCUAAGUGUAGUGUAGUGUUUAAAGGACUUUGUGUGUGUGCGUAAAAGUAUUCUCGUCUCAUCAUAGAACAAAGAUGUGUCUCCAAAGCUGUCUAUGUGCUACAUAUUAGUUUUUGUUAUGGUGGAGGUGAUAUGAAGGGUGAAGGGACUUACUGUAGUGCUGCCCUAUGGGUAAAUAAUGUGGCUGUGUACUGGACACAUUUGGAUAAUAAGGGCCUUUUCAAACCUUGUCCAAUUCUUUGAAAUGUUUGUUUUAUUGUAUUUUUUUUUUAGAGCUAGCAUUUCUAGAACAACCAGCUAAAUCAACAGUACCUUAACUCGACGUCUUCACAGAUGUACAGUAAUGUAUAAAACCAAACCAGGAUUCAGACACUUUGAAAGAUCUGUUUGCAGCAUUGUACCUGUCAUCUUCAAACCUGGUACAUUUGAAGUCAAAGGCAUGAGUCGAGGUGGCAGAUCUACUGAGUUAUACUAUGAUUCUAUUUUUCACUACUGUUUUAAUCUUGUUAUAAGAUUUGAUUAUGUAUGAAGGGACUUUUGCUUGUUGCUGUCUUUCUGUUUAGCUGUGCUCAUAAAUCACCUGAACCUGGAUAGCAACAUAUGAUCCUUCCUUCUGAACCAAUGCCUCUUGUGCACUUUUGUGACUUCUGUUCAAUAUUGUAUAAUAGAACUGACAAUUGUUAAAAUUUAGUUUAAUUACAA